ACUCGCAGAUGUCUUCUGUUUGAGGUUCUAACUGUGGUUGGUCUGAACGGCUCUCAACCAUGCUGUCAGGACUCGCUGCUGCCUGCCACUCUUUAAAGUUUACAUUGCCUCAAUGGAAAGCCUGUCUUCACCGAACAUAUUGCCCAUCAAAGCCAGGGCAAUGGCUACUGGGAAGUGCGGUUCAGAGAAGGUCUCAUAGAUGGACUACAGCACCAUCAUCAAGGAUAAACCAGAAGCCAGCAUUUGCCAGAGCUCCAGCGUUUGGAGAUAGGCUUGCCAUCAUAGAUAGCAGUGGUAGCCACAGCUACAAGCAGCUGUAUUGCAGCAGCUUAGGCCUUGCUGGUAGAAUCAGUUCUGCACUAAACUCUGAAUUUGGGAGUCUGGAAGGAAAGCGGAUCUCCUUCCUGUGUGCUAAUGAUGCCUCCUAUACAGUGGCACAGUGGGCGGCUUGGAUGAGUGGUGGGACGGCAGUGCCACUCUACAGAAAACACCCUGAGUCUGAACUGGAGUACAUCAUAUCUGACUCCCAGACUUCAUUGCUGAUAGCAGGGCAUCCGUAUGCUGAAACCCUAGAGCCGCUGGCACAGAGGCUGGGGCUGCCAUGCCUGUCACUUCCUCCUACUUCUAACCUGAGCACUUUGGGUGGGGCAGACACCCAAAAGAAAGAGACAGCCAUCACAGACUGGGCUGAUCGACCAGCUAUGAUAAUCUACACGAGUGGUACCACAGGGAGACCCAAGGGAGUUCUACAUACACACAACAGCAUCCAAGCCAUGGUCCAGUGUCUGGUUUCAGAGUGGGCGUGGUCCAGCGAUGACGUCAUCCUCCACACCUUGCCGCUCCACCACGUACAUGGCAUCGUUAACAAGCUGCUAUGCCCUCUCUGGGUGGGCGCCACCUGCAUCAUGCUGCCUGACUUCCAGCCUCAGAAGGUGUGGGAGAUGCUGUUGAGCUCCAAGGCUCCCUCGGUUAAAGUGUUCAUGGCCGUGCCAACUAUCUACUCUAAGCUGAUCCAGUACUAUGAUCAGCACUUCACACAACCUCAUGUCAAGGACUUUGUCAAAGCGGUCUGCAAAGAGAGGAUCAGACUGAUGGUUUCGGGCUCGGCUGCUCUCCCUCUUCCCACACUGCAGCGCUGGGAAGAGAUUACAGGACACACACUGCUGGAGCGCUACGGAAUGACCGAGACCGGCAUGGCACUGUCUAACCCUCUCAAGGGCCAACGCAACCCAGGCGCUGUAGGGCUGCCGCUUCCUGGUGUGGAAGUUCGGAUUGUUAUGAAUAACACAACCAACACCACAAUUGUGGAGGGAAAUCACAGAGAGACUCAGGUACGUCCAGGUCUGGAGGGGAAAGAAGGGGAGCUACUAGUUCGUGGCCCAUCGGUCUUUAAGGAGUACUGGGGCAAACCUCGAGAGACCAGAGAGUCUUUCACUGAUGAUGGCUGGUUCAAAACAGGAGACACAGCUGUCUUUAAAGAUGGUGUGUACUGGAUCAUGGGCCGCAGCAGUGUUGACAUUAUCAAGAGUGGUGGCUACAAGAUCAGUGCACUCGAGGUGGAGCGUCACCUACUGGCUCAUCCAGACAUCAUAGAUGUGGCUGUGAUUGGGGCCCCAGAUGCCACAUGGGGUCAGAAAGUCACUGCAGUGGUGCUGCUGAAGAAGGGGAAAAGUAUGACCCUGCCAGAGUUGAAGACCUGGGCAAGGGAGCACAUGGCACCUUACACCAUCCCCACAGGCCUGGUGCUGGUGGAGGAGGUGCCAAGGAAUCAGAUGGGCAAGGUCAACAAGAAGGACCUCCUGCGACACUUCUUCCCAUGACUGGACCGCUUUGAUAUGUGUGACAACAUACAGGUUCCUGGGUAAAGAACUUCAGGUGUAUGUCACUUCCUGCCUGUCCCCAUCUGGUCCUUAGGACAGAGGAAAUACAGAGUAAUGGAUAAAAACACCUCAUGGAAAAUGACAUAACCUCUGAGGUAACUUAAUCACAACUACAAACACUGCCACAAAAGUAAUUCUAUUACAAUGAUUGCCAAUUAUGCCAAGCAUUUGUUAUAAAUUACUAUGUAAUAGGGGUCUGGAAAAUACCCCUUUGAUUUGUAUUUGUUUCUGAGACAUGUGUGCCCAAAUUGCAACUGAAUGUAUCAAGAAAAAGUCCAAAUUAUCUGAAGUGACUUCAAAAAUUGUUGUUAAAAUUGAAACUAACCAACAUGGAUGUGACAGACAUACAAUAUGUAACAUGUUUUCAAGUACUGUUUAUUCAUAUGCAACUGACUACAACCCACUUUUCUAGGGUUUGCAAUUGUAGCAGUGUCCCAGGUUCAUGUUAUUAUUAUUGUAGUAUAUACAUACUGUAUUCUGAAUUCUUUGCAAGUUUAGUGUAGGUAGGAUUUUCAUACAAAAAUAUUACAAAAUUAAGUAUGCUCAAAACAGUCAGUAUGCACACUAAAAACACUUGAUUAUUGUGUCUGCUCUUUAUGGACACUGUUGCCCCACAAUGUAAUGCAAGGAACAGCUAAUUUAGUCUGCUUUGGCGCCUGAUGAAUAAUUACACAUACCAUAAGCAUGAUGUUCAACUGUUCGACUAAAUGUACUUAAACGCAGUGGUACCUAUUGGUACGGAGUGCUUUCAGUACUCUUAUUGGUAUAUUUUGAUGUUUUAUUGGUGAAAAUGGUGUGAUCAGAGAAUACUGAAGAACAAUUUUGGUAGUAGAAUUGAGAAUCAUGAUUAAUUACACCCAAACUAAAUAAAAAGCCAAUGUGGUGGUAGAACAGGAGACAUGAUAAACUUAAAUGAAAUAUGAUCGGUGAAAAAACCCUGUUAAUAUUAGGUUCUUAGCAUUGGACACAGACUGAUGCUCUUGUAAUUACAGAUAAUGUUUAUCUGAAAAUUUUAAUGUUUUAUAAAUUUUGAAUUACAAA